UCUCAAUACAUAAAUAUAUGUAUGUAUGUACAUAGUGUAAUCAAAAUCGUUUUUAAUUACUUUAUCCAUAAAUGUUGUGGAAAUUUUGCUUGAAGUCAUUAAUAUCUAUGAUGUUGUGGCAAUUCAAAAUGUUUUGGCAUCAUAAACUUAUUUUUGAUUCUAAAAAUACUUUGGCUCUGUGAUCUGUUUCGUUCAUUAAAUUGAGUUUUGUUAAUUAAAUUAGUGUUAAACAAACACCUACUUAUCAAUUUAAGAAAACUUGAUUAAAUAAUGAGUCAGCAUAAGUUUUGGAAAGGAGUGACUCCCCUAAACGUGCCGACGUCUCAACAAGUACCUGAUAAAGUUGUUAAAUUGUGCUCAUUAGAUACAAAUUUUAUUGUGUUAGGAAACGACCAUGGCAUCUAUUAUUGCGAAAAUGCAGACGAUUCUUUGAAUUUUAAAAGGGUGAGCGGUAUUUCAGCACUGGACAUAUCAUAUCAUAAUGGCAUACUAUAUAUCAUAGACACGCACGGGCGCCUAUUUAAAACAAAUUGUAGCUUUAAAAAUAAAGAAGAAAUUGUAGUAAAGGAAGACUCUAAAUGCUGCCCCCACGGGUUCAGGAGCUCAAGUUACAAAGUCAAAUUUCGGACUGUUGUAGCUAAUGAUUUUGGUCAACUAUUUAUUAGUAGUGAUGGGCAGUUAUGGGGCUCUGGAGCUAUGCCCCAAAUAUCACUAGAUUCUAAUAGUAUUAAGAAGAUACCGUUCUUUGAAGGAAGAACUGUAUACAGUGCCUCCAUUGGUCAAAACUUUGCUGCUGUGAUAGCAAGGAAAAAUGUUAAACAGUCUGAUAACUGCGAUACAGACAGUGAAAAUGAUGAAGAAGAAGUGUUCGCAACUAAUUGUUCACAGUGCCAGACUAUCAUAGGCCUUGCAUCUCCUGCAUCUGUGCCGUCCUUUUCUGAAACCUGUCCAUUAGGUGUUCAUAUAAGUAAAUCAAGUGAAGACUCAAGUAGUACUACUGCUCCACCUACAGAUUUUCAUAUUGAUGCUUACAGUUAUACUGAAGAUUCUAGUCCCUCUUCGGAGGAAUCAAAAAUAGCACAAAACAUUAUACAAACUACUGAAACAUUAACUGAAAGAAAAUGUGAUGAAUUAAUUAAUACAGAAAAUGGUGAUGGCUCAGAUAAAGAUAGUGAUACAACUGAAGCCGAUGCAGAAAAGAUUAAUAAUAUAUUCAUGAAUGCUGAUGCGGCAAGACAGUUUUUAAGUCGACAAUUAUCAUGGGUGUCAGCUGGUGAAGAUUAUUUAGUGGAAUAUACAGAAAAACCUACAAGAAUCAUAAAAGAGAAUGUUUCAAAUCUCACUAAUUUUGUCUAUGAAGGUGUUAAAACUGUAGGUGAUAAAGUUGCAACACUUUCGAGGCAUGUCAGUGGUAGUAGCGAAAACAAUGAGACAGUAGAACAACUAUCAAGAAAUCAGAACGAAGAAACCAAGUCCCUCAUGUACAGCUGCACUUCAAACUGUAAUGUAGAUGAUCUGCAGUUUUCCACCAGCACUAUUAGUAGUGAAAAAGAGUUUGAAGAAGCCAGAAAAAAAGAGACUAUUAAGAACAUGUCUAAACUAGGAAGGAAUAUUUUAGCUACAGAAUUAUGGACUUGGGGUGACAUAAGUUAUGGACAGUUAGGAAUUGGUGACACAGUCAAAAGGGUUAAACCAAUGAUUGUCAUGAGUUUAUCGGGGUUUGGGCUACAAAAAGUUUCUUGUGGGAGUUUGCAUUGUUCUACGCUCACGCUCGAUGGACGAAUGUUUGCUUGGGGAUACAAUCAUUACCAUCAAUUAAGCUUCGGUUCAAGAGAAGAUAAAAGUGGACCACAACAAUUUACAGAAAACUCAGAGAGCGAUAGAAUUAGGGAUGUCAUUGCUGCUGAUCAUCAUACUCUAGUCUACACGCACAAUGAGAAUAUAUUAUACAUGGGCAAACACACAGAUGGUUUCACAGAAUCUGUUGUGAAUUUAAAUCCUAGUUUGUUAGAGGAAGAUAGUGAGAAAUCUCCAAGCAUGGUGACUAUAAAAAUUACAGAGCCACAACACCAUACAAGUAAACCCCAAAAUCUGUGUUAUCACUGGAGAAUCUUAUCUUCAGGUAAUAUUAGUUAUUGCUCAGUAGAAAACUCAAAGAAAAAUCCACAGUUCCAAGACUUAUCUAUUGCUCAAAGAUAUCUAGAAGAAAUGUUACUGAUUUAUCAAAAUCUUAUUAAGGUUUUUUUGAAGAAAAGUAAAGCAAUUACUGCACAUUCCAAUGUUUAUGAAACAGUAUGUGAUAUUUUUGGUGACAUAUUGAAUGUCACAGCUUUAAAUGUAUUAUCAGUUUGGCAGUAUGCAGAAAAACAUAUAAAUGAAUGUGAUAUAUCAUUGAUUAAAAAUUUAGAAGAGUUUAUUUUUUUGUAUAGAAAGUAUUAUGUAGCUGUAAGCAAUUUAAUUGUUAUUGGUGGUUUCACCCAAAUCAAUAGUGUUAUUGAUGUCCCAACGAGUAUUUAUAAUUUAUUUAGUGAUCAACUUCCUUCGAACAAACAGAAAAAUAGUAAAAAGACAUCAGAAGCCAUAAUAGGUCUUGCCUUUGUGCAACCAUUAACAAGAUUAAGUUCAUACAAAUGUAUAACUCAAUCUAUAUUGAGACAUAAAACCAAGAGAAAAAAAGGCGAAAUUGUAUUAAAGAUUGAAGAAAGAUUAAAUAAAGUUGUUUCAUCAUUUGAUUCAUUAAUAGAAGAGCAAGAAAAAAAACGUAAAGAAGCGGAAGUUACGAAAUUAUUUUGGGAAACAAUUGGUAAAAGUUUGGAGCAAUAUAGAGCUCCAGAACGACGAUUAAUAAGAGAAUCAAAAUCUCGACCUAUAUAUCUAGUCAAUCCUGGAAGAUUUUCAUCACAUUGGUUCAUUUUAUUUAAUGACAUAUUUGUUCAUGUUAGUGGUAGCUCACCUAGUGUGCACCCCCUUCAAACCCUGUGGGUCGAGUCUGUCAUACAUUCUGAUCCAUCACAAUACAUAAUCCAACUUACUACUCCAGAAGAAGUUAUAUCAGUGUCAACAGUUACCGAGCAAGAGAAAACUGAAUGGAUACAAGCUCUGAAUAAUUCCAUAAGAAUAAUUUUGAACAAAGAAUCUGUAUUUAAACUACCCUCAAUAAGAUCAGCAAGUUAUACAUUCUCAAGUAAAAGCACAUUUUUUAAAGAUUCGAAAUACAUUGGUAGAUGGUUAGAUGGUAAAGUACAUGGAAACGGUAAAGUAGAAUGGUCAGAUGGCAAGCAGUACAUUGGACAAUUUCAACUAAAUACUCUAUGUGGCCAUGGAAAAAUGGAAAUACCUGGUGUAGGGAUUUAUGAAGGCCAGUGGAAAGAUAACUUACAGAAUGGCUACGGUAAAAUGAAGUAUUGCUCGGGUGACAUAUAUGAGGGAUAUUUCAAAGACGGUCAGCCUCAUGGACAUGGUAUUAAAAAGCAAGGAGAUUUCACAUCUUCAUCUGCAACUAUUUACACUGGAGAAUGGGUUAACGGGGCAAGACAAGGCUACGGUGUCAUGGACGACAUUGGAAAAGGAGAAAAAUAUUUAGGAAAUUGGAGUGACAACAAGAAACACGGAUGUGGGUUGAUCGUGACUUUGGACGGAAUAUAUUACGAAGGUUUAUUUACGCAAGAUGUGUUGACGGGUCAUGGGGUUAUGGUGUUUGAAGACGGUACACAUUACGAAGGCGAAUUCAGAUCUGCUGGUGUAUUUUCUGGUAAAGGAGUUCUCACAUUUUCUAGUGGGGAUAAGAUAGAAGGUUCAUUGAGCGGGGCUUGGACUGAGGGAGUUAAAAUAUCGAAUGCCACCAUGCAUAUGAACGUAUCGAAUCCUGUGUUGCCAGCUAAUCCCAAACCUAAUUCAUUCGGAAAAUUAAGCGUAGCACCAAACCAGAAAUGGAACGCUCUAUUCCGCCAGUGCUUCCAAUGCUUGGGUAUAUCAGACGCGGUGCUAACACCCACCGGUAAUCAUUUUGCCCACGGACCAUCGGGUCCAACGGUGGACAACGUGAAGAUAUGGCAAAACGUUGCGGUAGCGAUAUCCUCUUCCCAUAAAGAGGGAAUGAAAACGAGCCUUAAAAGGAAUAAAAGCACUGAUCUUGAAAAAUCUGUGGAUUGUUUGGAAGUCAUACCAAAGUUUGGACAAGAUACUUUGAAUUUAGACGAAUAUACGGAAUUGAAGCAGUAUUUGUACAAUGCUUGCGAGUCCUCUCACCAUCCGCUGGGGCAGCUGGUUCUGGGCUUGACGAACGCAUUCAACACGACGUACGGAGGCGUCCGUGUACAUCCGCUACUUCUCAGUCAUGCGGUCAAAGAACUCAAAAGUAUAACCGCGAGGCUCUACCAAGUGGUGAGGCUUCUGUUCCCAGCCCUACCCUCAGAGAAUGCCGAUCUAGUCUUGCCGUAUAAGACCCAAGAGAACGACGAUGAAGUUGAAAACGAUAGCAAUCCUAUUCACGGUGAAGUGGUAUCGGCAGCUGCAUUGCUUCAGCCAACGUUGUUGCCUCGUGUGCACCCGGCUCUAUUCGUGCUGUAUGCGUUACACAACAAGAGAGAAGACGACAUGUACUGGAGGAGGCUGCUGAAAUGGAACAAACAGCCGGAUAUCACUCUGAUGGCCUUCCUCGGGAUCGAUCAGAAAUUCUGGGUGAGUUACUCGUCGCAAAACAAUCAGUCACCUCCUUACUCUCCGAUGAAGGAUCAACACUUUCAAGAGGCAGUAGAAACGCUUCAGCAAUUGAAGACCACUUUCUCGCCGAUCGAGAAACUCCUCGUCAUAAGGAAUACAUUUCAGAAGAUGACCAGCGCCGUCCAACAAGAAUUAGGUCAAAACUACCUAUGGACCAUGGACGAGCUGUUCCCGGUCUUCCAUUUCGUGGUGGUCCGCUCCAGGAUCCUGCAGCUCGGCUCCGAAAUACAUUUCGUUGAGGACUUCCUCGAGCCGGGCAUGCAGCAUGGGGAACUCGGCCUUAUGUUCACCACUUUAAAGGCCUGCUACUUCCAGAUACUUCAAGAGAAGAUGUCGAUGAAUUAGUAAAAUAUUUAGUGUUUUUUUCGGUUUUCGCGACCCGUAGACACAAUUAAGACUAUUCUUAAGGCUUAAUCUCGCAUUUAUUAUUUUCAUUUUAUCGUUUUUAAACGUAAAUUAACAGUGGCAAAUUUUAAGAAAAUAUUUUUAUUCUCAAACUAGACGGUAGUCGACAAUAUUCAAUUAUCGACGAAUAACACUUGAGACGAAAGAUGUUUUCGCAGAACGCGAGGAGACGCGUCGUAGACGUUCCGAUAAUAGCUAUUUGGGAACUUGUAUAUAUUAUGCAAGCUUAUCUUGAAAUUGUCGUUAGCGAGAUUCAGUUAUCUGUCAGUUAUCUGUCUGUUAUUUUGUGUUCUAUGAUGGUUACCAUCACAUUAGAAUAGUAGGAAAACACCUCAGACGACCAUGACCAAGAAAACUGUAAAGUAUACUAUAUUAUAAGUAUAAUAUACGCGAGAUUAAACCGUAAAUAUAGUUUUAAUUAUAUCAUAAAAUAUAGAUUUAGAUGUAGAUUAUGUAAUCAAAUGAUCUCCUAGUUGGUAUUGCGUUGUAUGUACAUAAAUAAUAUAAUUAUAUAUUCUAAUGAAUUCUUUUGAAUUAAUAUUCACAGGAUAAAAAAAUUAACGUCCCUAUAUAGACAGACGUGCUUGUUGCAAAUUUAAUUUAAAAAAUAUACAUAUAAUUUGUGCUCUGUGACAAAAAAAUGUGACAUCACAUCAAAUCGGUAAAUUUUCAAUAUGGUAUUAUUAUUAUUUCACAUAGUCAAAAAAAUCAAUAUAUUUUUUUAUGAAAUUAAUUUUAAUAAGAUAGACGGAAUUUAUUACUGUUAUCUUUGAAGCUACUAUUGAGAUUAGCUUGGAAGCAAAAUUUUAACAUACCCCAAUAUAUAAUAAUUUAAUUAUGUAUAAUGUAGCUGUGUGUUGGAACUUUGUAUAGGAAUAUGUAGAUGAACUCGCCUCACAGAUAGCUUAAAAUAAUAAAAUAAAAACUAUUUAUGUUUCAAUAUAUAUUUUUUAUAUUUCACGACAUUAGGUCUAUAACCAUUGGCGUCUAUAUUUAAUUUCUUUCAUACGGAUCCUUAAGUGUUUUCGUUUUACUGAAAAUAAAUAUUAGAUUAAAUAAUUAAAGGAAUCUUAUUGACGCAUGAAUAAGGCAUCUAUUUUUUUUUGUUACAUGGACUCAUGGUGCACCCGAUGCUAAGUUGUUAGUGGACACUAUAAUUUUUUUACUGGUGCCAGGAUAUCUUGUGAGUCCGCGCGGGUAGGUACCACCGCCCUGCCUAUGUCAGCCGUUGACGUGUAAUAUUUUUUUUUGUUUUUUGUUAUCAAACUUAUUUUGUAUUAUAACUCAAAUGUAUUCGUGGGUAAUUAAUUAUUUAUUACAAUUAUGAAACUAAAGUUUUUUUUAGUAAUUUAAGUAGCUUUAACAUUAAAACGAUUGUACAAAAUUCAAUAUCAAACGACGAAAAAACGUUUUGCUGUAGUCAAAUUAUAAUACGUAGUUACGUUUUUUUAAUAAAUUAAAUUUGAUUAUCGAUUAAAUAAUCUUAUGCUUUAACUAUAAUUAAGUGUUAUUUAUUUAUAUUAUUGAGAUGUUUAUUUUUGUACCUGUAAUUAAUGGAAUGUUAUUUAAUAUAACUAAUAUAUUAUUGUUUAUAUUACAUUCAAAUUCAUUAUAGUGAUAUUGGUAUUCUAAUGUUCAAAUCAUUAAUCCCACCUCUAAAAUAUUGAUUCCGAUUCCAAUAAACUUUUUGUUUUGUUAUAGUAAGCCGGCACGUAAGUUGGCAAGGUUUUGGUGUAGUGGGGGUAAUGUCGCGCAUAGUGCACAUUGUAACAAAAAAUGGUCACUUUUAUUGCCCGUAUAUAAUUUAAUUUAAUUAAAUUAAAUUUUUUAUUUGCCUCAGUGACUGCAUCGACUAUAUGGUCAUUGAUAUUUGGUCCUGGUAUUGCAAACAAAUUUAAAACAAUAAUAACAACUCGUAACAAAAACUCAAUAUAAACAAAGGGUUCCUACAACUUUAGUAGGCGCAUGUGUAACCGGGAGCGAACGGAACGUGGACGCGGUGCGGGAGGGGAGGGUCGACUGACUCACCAAUCGCGCGCUCGGAAUGGUGCUACGUCUUUCCCCGCAUCCCGCUUGACAACCAAAGAGACCUAAAAAACGACUUCUGCGCAUCUAACGACUCUUGCCAAGUUACGUGCCGGGGACUAUAUGUAGCUUUCACCUAAAGUAUGCGUCUCAUUCAAUAUGGACGAUGAAGAUAAAUUUUCUGAUUCAAUUUUAUAUUGUAGAUAUUAAGUAACAUGAAAAGGUUUUAAUGCCAAAAAAAGAUACGAGUUUAUAAUAUUUACGCUGAGAUAUGCGCGAUUGGCUUAUGGCGUUAGUGACGUCAUCGCCUCGUUUGGACGUCACAGAAAAAGUUUGUUGUUAUUAGCUGAUCGUGAUACCUUCAUCGCCAGGAGACUGCUUUUUCAGCUGCUCUAGUUAUUAAGCCUAAUCUCAGCUUCAAAACUUGGACUAAAAUGGCGGUGUUAUCGGUACCACGGAUAGAUUUGUUGUAUUUUAAACGUAUGUAUUUAUAUGCUAUCAAAAGUAAUAUUAUGUAUUUAAAAACUUUUCAAAGUUUAAUAAAUAUUGCAAAUAACGGUA